CUCCUCCACCAAAUCCUGACUCUGAGCAGCGCAUCCUUCCCCGAUAGAAACAAUGCAGCCCCUUUGCAAGGUUAAAGCAGAAUGUUUUGGCUGGCCAAGAUGAUGCGAGGCAGUUGCUGGACCGGGAUGGAGGAGCUGUGCCCUUUAACCACUGCAUCUCCGGCUGUGACUGGGAGUCUGCUCUCAAAGAGGAAAUAAGCCCUGGAAAUGGCAUCUACCUGGCAGUGCUGAAGCUCGCCUAGAGAAGGAAAGGAGCAAACGUUUGCUGUGGGGUUUCAAUUGAGGUGUAUGCGAAAAGAGAGAGAAGGAAAUAACUGGCUGGGAUGAAGGAUCUCGCCCAUAGAGGAGUGUCUGAAUCCAGGCAUUUUUCACCCGAAUGAAGGAUUUAAUAUUUGGAGAAAAGGGGUGCUGUGUUUGCUUCAAUUUGCUUCCAAAAUGUGACUAAAGCCAAUACUACACCAUUCAGUCAUCUUCUGUCUUUGCUCAUACCUGUUUCUUCUACAGCUGAAACCUAUUAAGAGAAAAACCACACAAACAGAGUAUCCAGGAGGGAAACGAAGAUCUCAUUUGCUUUAUUUAUGUGGAUUUAUUGCGCUAAUUUGAUAUUCCUUUUCUUCACGUGUUGUUGAGAGCCUCCAGCUAUGUACUCUUUGCAAUAACCGUGGUCAGACUCAUGAAAUACUGGCUGUGUUUUUAAUUUUUUUCUGAAACAAAGUUUGAACAAUGAUUACAGUGAAUUCAGAUGGGAAAAUAAUGGUCAGAAGAUGUCUUGUCACCCUAAAGCCUUUUAGGAUAUUUGUGGUGGGGAUUGGAUUUUUCACACUCUGCUUCUUAAUGACAUCUCUGGGAGGGCAGUUUUCAGCCAAAAGACUGGGAGAUUCUCCAUUCACCAUCAGGACUGAAGUGAUGGGAGCUCUGGAGUCCAGAGGGGUGCUGAGGAAAAUGAGUGAUAUCCUGGAGAUGAUGGUGAAGAGGAUGGAUGUACUAGCCAGGCUGGAAAAUAGCACAGACUUCCGGAAAGGGGAAGAGAUGCAUUUCCCGAUGGACAGGUUCCAUCCAGCGGUUGGCUUGAUGGAGAGGAUCCAAGCAAUUGCUCAGAAUGUCUCCGACAUUGCAAUGAAAGUGGACCAGAUUCUUCGCAACAGUCUCCUAAAUGGAAAAUCAAUAGAAGGCAGACGAGACCAGUGUGAGGUGCCAAGAGACCCCAAGUACCCGGACUGCUCUGGAAAAGUGGAGUGGAUGAGGGCCAGGUGGACAUCAGACCCCUGCUAUGCAUUUUUUGGUGUGGAUGGCACAGAAUGCUCAUUCCUCAUCUACCUCAGCGAAGUUGAGUGGUUCUGCCCAGUGUUGCCUUGGCGGAACCAGACAGCAGCUUUACCUUCCACAAAGCCACUGCCCCGGGUGCAGGCAGCUUUUCAGAGAGACUUAUCCUACCUCCUGGAACUGAUUGGCAGCGGCAAGGAGUCUUUGAUCUUCAUGAAGAAAAGGAUCCGGCAUUUGACUGCACAGUGGCUGAAGGCUUCCCAUAAACUGGAAGAGAAAUUACAGGGCAAACAGAGAGAUCAAAAACAGAUUUUGAUCCACAUUGGCUUCUUGACAGAAGAAUCGGGAGAUGUUUUCAGCCCUCGUGUGUUAAAAGGGGGUCCACUGGGAGAGAUGGUCCAAUGGGCAGAUAUCCUUGCUGUCCUUUUCAUCCUUGGCCAUAGCCUGAAAAUCACAGUCUCUUUGAAAGAACUCCAGAGCAACUUAGGAGUGCCUCCAGGACGGGGCAAUUGCCCUCUCACAGUUCCUUUGCCCUUCGACCUCAUUUACACAGACUACCACGGAUUACAACAGAUGAAGCAGCACAUGGGCCUCUCCUUUAAAAAAUACAGGUGCCGUGUUCGAGUAAUUGAUACCUUUGGGACUGAGCCUGCAUACAAUCAUGAAGAAUAUGCUACGUUGCAUGGUUACCGAACAAACUGGGGCUACUGGAAUCUGAACCCUAAGCAGUUCAUGACCAUGUUUCCUCAUACACCUGAUAAUUCCUUCAUGGGAUUUGUGUCUGAGGAGCUGAAUCAGACGGAGAAGCAAUUGAUUAAAUCCAAUAAAGCCAACAACAUGGCAGUGGUAUAUGGGAAAGAGGCCAGCAUUUGGAAGGGCAAAGAGACGUUUCUAGCCAUCCUUAACAAGUACAUGGAGAUCCAUGGCACUGUUUAUUAUGAAACGCAACGGCCCCCUGAGGUUCCAGCUUUUGUCAAGAAUCAUGGCCUUCUGCCACAGCAUGAAUUCCAGCAGCUGCUAAGGAAGGCCAAGCUCUUCAUUGGGUUUGGUUUCCCCUACGAAGGCCCUGCCCCUUUGGAAGCAAUUGCCAACGGCUGUGUUUUCCUUCAGGCUCGUUUCAAUCCACCCCACAGUUCACUCAACCAUGAAUUCUUCAGAGGAAAGCCUACAUCUAGAGAGGUAUCGUCCCAGCACCCCUAUGCAGAGGAUUUCAUAGGGAGACCGCAUGUGUGGACUGUGGACUACAAUAAUUCAGAAGAGUUUGAAGCUGCUAUCAAAGCCAUUAUGAGGACCAAGGUUGAUCCCUAUCUGCCCUAUGAAUACACGUCUGAAGGGAUGCUGGAGCGAAUCCAUGCCUAUAUUCAAUACCAGGAUUUCUGUACCACUGCUGCCCUGCCAGACAAGUCCAGUGGCAACACUAUGCAAAGCUCUGCAAGCCCGUUCAGCCCACAGCCCAAUUCCACCAACCUGGCCUGGCCACACAGUUCCAGCAGCAGCCCUGCCUUCUGGCCCCCGGUCAACUCAAUGCAGGUGUGGGUAUCCAUCCCGGGCCAGGCAUGCACCAGAACUUGUCAGCAGCAUGGUUUGGUCUGCGAACCGGAGUUCUUCAAAUUCAUCAACAAAAAAGAGGUGUUUCAACAAAUCAACAUUGUCUGUGACAGUACAGAAUCGGAGAUGAAUCACCUUUACCCAGCCGUGGCGGAAAAUGUUCAUGAGUGUUACCUUCAGAAGGACCCUCUGUUAUUCAGCUGCGCAGGAUACAAUACCAAGUACCAGCGCCUCUGCCCAUGCCGUGAUUACCGAAGAGGACAAGUGGCCCUGUGCAGGGACUGUUUGUGAUUCAAACAGGGGGUGUAAGCGCUCUAACGCACCCAUACACACAAGGAGUAACUCUCUUUCUUUCCCCCGUAAAAUCUUCUGCAAUACUCAAGAAGGUUCCAGACAGGACUAUCUUCUUGGAGACUUGUGAAAAUACUUGGAUGUCAAUGAGACUUCAUUGGUUGUUUUGUCUACCAGUUAAAGACGAACAACUCUUUUCCAACAUUAAUUUUAAGGCAUAUCUCCUCUGCAUCCAAGCCCACUGGAGACCUCAAAAAGGCUUAGAAAGACCAUGCCAAAAAUCCUUCUGAAAGACAAAAAGGCCCCACUUUAAGAGUUCAUCUUCCUUAAACAUCUGUAUUUAUUUUUUAUUGGGGAUGGGAUUGAAAUUAAAGUGGGAAAAAUCAAGAAA